AUGACUACCCUAGUACCUCGGGAGAAAUACACUGCUGAUGAGCUUGAAACUUUGUAUCCAAAGGAGCUGGCACUGCAGCAAGUCCAAGUCCUUCUCAGACAUGGCGAACGAUCUCCAGUCUCUGCCAGAUUUAAGAAUGCCGGUCUUUCGGCUAACUGGCCGUAUUGUAAUGCCGCACAGCAUCUUCGUAGUGUCAUCAUGUCAGCGAACGACUCAUGGGACGAGCUGGCUUAUAGACGAAGGCUCGAGACUUUCGAUACCAAGGAUGACUCUCCAACCCUGUCUCAAGGUCCUGGACGUGAAACUGAUGGAAUCUGCCUUCCUGGCGAAUUGACUGAUCAAGGCCGCGCCUCCACUUUAGCUUUGGGUCAACGCCUGCGUGGUUUGUACGUGGACCAGCUUGGUUUCAUGCCUGCUGUUCUUCAGGACGCAAACCAUAUGUACCUGCGGGCCACCCCUAUUCCGAGAGCUCUUGAGUCUGUUCAGCAGACCUUCUACGGACUGUAUCCUCCUUCAUCGAGAGCUGCUGGCUUCGUUCCGCCGACCAUCAUCCAACGUCAGCCUAGCCAUGAGACGCUCUUUCCUAACGAGGGAGCUUGUCGGCGUUUUGCUCAGCUAAGCCAGGCUUUUGCUCAAAGAACUUCGGAUCGCUGGAAUGACUCGCCAGACAUGGCAUAUCUCAACAAAAUGUUCGGGAAAUGGAUGCCUGAAGAUUCUCCCACGGUCAAGGUCGAUAGUCAUCCAAGAUUGAGCGGUAUCAUGGACACUGUCAAUUCGACUCUCGCUCACCCCCAGGAGACCCGCUUACCGAAGGAAUUUUAUGAUCCCAGGGGCAGAGCAAUUAUCGAUAAGAUCGGUGUUGAGGAGUGGUUCUCGGGCUACAAGGAGUCCCAAGAAUACCGCUCAGUAGGUAUCGGUGGACUCAUGGGCGAUAUUGUAGGUCGCAUGAUCGAAAAAACUAGAGCGCCAAGCAGCAGCAACAACGAUGUCCAAAUGGCUCUGUCUGGUUGCCACGAUACGACUCUAGCCGCAGUGCUAAGCAGUAUGGGAGCCUUUGAAGGCGAACCUUGGCCUCCAUACACUAGUCACAUCGCCAUCGAGUUGUUCAAGGAUCGCACGAGUCCUACGGGCGCCCAGCCUGCAAUCACGACUGGUAGUUGGUGGAGCUCCCUGUUCCCAGCCAAGAGCAUGUUGACCCCGGACGCCUCUCCCCGCACUCCUUUGUCGAAUCUCUCCGAAUCCGACAAGCAAAAGCUGAAUGGCUACUACGUACGCCUUCGCUACAAUGAUCGACCCAUGAAGGUUCCUGGGUGCAGACCAGUUGGAAAGCAUUAUGGAAAUGAUGAGAGCUUGUGUACGCUCGAGGCCUUCAAAGGAAUCGUGGACAAGUUUACUCCCAAGAAUUGGAAACAAGCUUGCGGAGCUCGUUUGGGAGAAAGUGCGUUCCCCGAAACUGUCGAGCCUGCAGGUGUGUAA